AUUGGUUAGCCGCUUGUCAAUGUGCAGUCACGUGGUAUCACAAGGACGGCCAUGUUUCCGAAACACAAACAACAAGAAGAGCAGCGACUAGGAGCCAGCAGACACAUACUGAUACGCAGCAGCGACCGUUGGAGGAGAGGGGGAAAAUAAUAAAUAAAAUACAGAGCACGACUUUCUGAAAGUACGAUUCUGUCGAAUGAAUACGUUUACAGUGUUUAAGAGACCAAUGCAUACGAGAUAUUGGCAGUAGACACACCGUACCGACAACCAGUCUGGUAACGUUAGCUAUAAACAGUGAAGUGGUGCUAAGGGAGGAGGACAGGAAAUAAAGGAGUCACCUGGAGGGUCUCCGUCAAUCAACAUUUCAGUUGGAGCGAGAGAGAAAAAGGGACGGAGGGAGAGAGAAAAGCAAAGAGGAGUGCGAGUCGCGUCUGCUCUUGGCAGCUGUUCCAGCAGCCUGUUUCAGUGUUGUGGCUUUUAUUUCGUUCCUGCGUUACCUUUUUUGAUGAAUCAACUCAUAUUUUUAACUUUAAUGUGAGCUAUAACUGCUGUAAAAAGAAGAAAGAAAACAUUAUUACUAGCAAGAGUGUUUUAUUUUGUUCCAUUGUUCAUUUCCAAGGUGUUUUUCGUUUAUUUUCUUUGUUUACCUACCAUUUCUUCGGCUGUGAGUAGCAGGAGAUUCCACUCUCCAAACUAUAGUCGAACCCCCUUCCUUAUCUAGUUAGGACCUGAUAACCUGGUAUUCCUCAAGCACCUGCAACUGGCAGCUAUUCUCUUUGUGUCUGUGUGUUUGGGGAGCUCUGUGACCACAGCUUAAGCACCACUCAGCCUUUUAGUCACCUAAGCCUAACUAAAGCCAGCCAGCUCUAGCCUGGUCCAGUACAGUCCAGCCUGCUCCGAUCAUCUGGACAGGAUACUCAGUUCUGUGUGGACGUGAGGAAUAUGACUGCUGAGACUCUUAACUUCGGCCCAGAAUGGCUUCGUGCACUGUCCAGUGGGGGGAGUGUGACGUCCCCCCCUCCUUCCCCCGCCAUGCCAAAGUACAAGCUGGCCGAGUAUCGCUACGGCCGAGAGGAGAUGUUAGCACUUUAUAUCAAAGACAACAAGGUCCCAGAGGAUAUGCAGGAUAAGGAGUUUGCUGCUAUUCUGCAAGAUGAGCCCAUGCAGCCACUGGCACUGGUGCCUCUCACUGAGGAGGAGCAGAGGAACUUCUCUAUGUCUGUGAACAGUGUGGCGGUGCUAAGGCUCAUGGGAAAAGGGGUGGGCGCCACAGCCCCAGCUGGAGUGGUCCGAGGACGAGGGACCGCGCGAGGUGGUCGAGGACGAGGUCGCGGUGAAGGUGGAUUUUACCAAAGAAGUAUUGAAGAACCGGAGGUGGGUUUUGGACGCGGCGUCCGAGAGAUUCAUCGCAGCCAGAGCUGGGAUGACCGGGCUGAGCGUAGAUUUGAGAAGCCGGUCCGGCGGGAGGUCGGGCGUCCCGGCUUUGAAGAGCCUGUAGUGCCUGUGGUUCCAGGACGGAAGGAAUUCACGAGGGCUGACAGCGAUAACUGGCGCAUCCUCCGAGAGGAGCAGCAGGAGGAGGAGGAGGCGGCGGCGGCGGCAGGAGGGGGGGUGGUGGUGGUGGAACCGGGAACCAACUGGAGACUUGCAGGAGUCCGCAGGGAUGAUGGGGGUCCUCGCUCAGCAGGCUGGCGGGAACACACCGGUCCCGGCGAGGGUCGUCGUCGGAAGUUUGAUUUUGAUUUCAGGGACGCGGAUGGCCAUGGUGGUGGCCGCCGGCGUGAGGGACUGGACGACGGAGACGGCCUGCCUGAGUGGUGCACAGACGAGGAAGACGGGGAGAUGGGCACGUUUGACUCCUCUGGAGCUUUCAUGGCUUUGAAGAAGGGUGACAAGGACAUAAUCCUGGAGGAGGAGUUUGAUUUUAAGGGGAUAGAGGACGAGGAAGACGAGGAGUUCUACGCUGACAUGGAGAGGAACAGUGCUGAAGAAGACAAGGAGAGUAAAGAAGCUGGCUCUGCUGUAAGGGACGGCGAGACAAAGCCAGCUUCACCCUCGUCCUCUCCUCCAGCACUGCAACACUGUACCCCCCCCUCUGUGGACCAUCGGCCCAGCAACGCAGGCCUGUUGGUGGACAAUGCUCAGCUGAACAACAGCCACCCUGUGAAAGCCAGCAGCGCGGCCAGUGAAGACAUGGCUCCUGUAGGGGUCUCUAAGAGCCAGCUGAGCCCCAGCGCCCCCCCUUCCUCACGUAUGCCUCCUCCACCUCCUUCCUCUGCUGCUCCUCUCCACCCUCCACCUGGAGGGGACGCAGAGGACGAUGAGGGCAUGAAGCACCUGCAGCAGGAGGCAGAGAAGAUGGUGGCGUCACUGCAGGACACUUCUCUGGAGGAGGAGUGCUUCACCCAGGCUCUGCAGCAGCAGCAGGAGUGCAGGAACACAGCCGCCGCUCUGCCGCUGUCACACGAGGCCGCCAUGAAGUGGUUCUACAAGGACCCACAGGGAGAGAUCCAGGGUCCCUUCACCACGGUGGAGAUGUGCGAGUGGUUCCAGGCCGGCUACUUCACCAUGACCCUGCUGGUGAAGCGUGGCUGCGACGAGGGCUUCCAACCCCUGGGAGAUGUCAUCAAAAUGUGGGGCCGGGUGCCCUUCGCCCCAGGGCCCUCCCCUCCGCCCCUGCUGGUGAGACAGCCACCACCGACGCAGCGCCCGCAGCCCACCCGGGGGUCCGCCGGGACUGUGAGUCAGAGCUCUGCCAACGUAGAGGAUGGGGAGGGGAGGAUGCAGAGGAGAGGGAAGCUUGAUAGACAGGUUACGGGGAAUCUGGACCAGGACCGCCUGAAAAAGCAACAGGAGCUGGCGGCAGCAGCAGCUCUCUAUCAGCAGCUCCAACAGCAGCAGCUAUUCCAGCUCAUUAAUAGGUGCAGUGAGCAGGGUAUGAUGCCUUCGAUGAACAGGUCGAUGUCAGUGCCAGAUACAGGGUCCAUGUGGGACAUGCAUACCUCAGCUUCACAGCCGUCAGGCGGUGAAGCCAGUCUUUGGGACAUAAGCAUGAAUCCUUCUACUCAGGGUCCAACUCUCGAACAGCUUCAAAAGGUGGCUUCAGUU